AUGUCGAGCAGCCUCUUCCUCUGCUCUUCCCAGGUGCGCUAUGCCAGCCUCCCGGCACCGCUCCGGCAGCCGGGCCGCCACGCCGCCCGGCUGCCCCCGGCGGCUGCCGCCUUCGUAUCUCUUCCCCGUCACCGCGCUCCUCCCCUCCACUGGACCGGCUCGGGGGUUCGGAUGAUUUCUUCUUGCUUCGUGGUCAAAAGAAGAAGACGCAGAAAUGGCAUCUACGCUUCUUUGUUUGGCGUUGGAGCUCCUGAGGCUCUGGUCAUUGGAGUGGUUGCUUUGCUGGUUUUUGGCCCCAAGGGUCUGGCAGAGGCAGCCAGGAGUUUGGGGAAGACUCUGCGUGCGUUCCAACCGACUAUCAGAGAGCUACAGGAUGUAUCAAGGGAUUUCAAGAACACUCUUGAACGAGAAAUUGGACUUGAUGAGGAUCCCCCAUCCAUGAGUUACAGGCCUCCUCCGCCUAUGAAUAAUAGCCAACAGCCUGCUGUUGACCAAGAUGUCAAGCCUGAAACAACCGUGCCUUACACCAGCGAGGAACUCAUGAAAGUAACCGAAGAACAGCUGGCUGCAUCCGCAAUUGCUGCUUGGAAUGCACAGCAACCUCCCUCAUCUGAACAGCAAGAAGCAGCAGCAGCAACAACACCUUCUGAAAGUACUGACUCAGCAUUAUCAGUAGGGAGUGAUGGUCCUGGUGCCGUGCCGGAGGAGUCCACCUCAGGUAAUGCUGAGAAUGCAAAGCCGAGAGAUGAGGCAUAA